CACACACACACACACACACACACACACGCGCGCGCGGACGGAGGGCGUGGAGGGGGUUGCAGAGGCUCAAGGCUGCUGGAGAGGGCUUGCCGUUGGUGGCGGGCUGGGUUGACUGGUGGACCUGACUCGGAGGUGGGCGUUUUGUUGAGAGCUUGGGGUUUUGUGGCUGUGGGCUGUAUCGUGGAUGCGGAUUGUUUGGUGUCAAAAGGAUGAACGACAGUCUUAGAGCCGAGCCGGAGCCAUCCGCGUCCUCGAGCCCAGUUACGGGUGGGGACAAGGGUGUGUCUGUGGUGGAACGACAAUGGCAGUCAGUCAUCAAUCUUGGCCCUGCGGAGACUCCUUUACAUACCCAGCAGCUACGCCUGACGGUGGCCGCCUUUAAUGUGCUUGCCGACGGAUUGGACGUGAACGGCCAGUGGUCCUACAUCGAUCCAGCCACCGUCACCUUUGAGCGUCGCAAGGACCUCCUGCUCCAAGAGAUUGAUCGUAUAGCACCCGACGUUCUUGGGCUGGCCGAGUGUAACAACUUUACAGAAUUUUGGGCUCCCGAGCUGGCACGACGCGGUUAUCACGGCGUUUUCCAGCCCAAAUCGCACGGCCCUGCUGCUCGGUUUGGCGCCCAGCCCGACGGCGUGGCGCUCUUUGUCCGGACCGCCGCGGGUCUUGAGCUCAUCGGAGAGCCCCUUCGCAAUGCCAUGCGCCCAGUGGCUAUCAGCGCGCUCGUACGAGCCGGCCUCACCGCUGAGUCAACCAUCAAUAAAAGCUCAACCCCGGCAAUGACCUCGAGUCCCGCCUUCUUGUUUCGCGUUGCCAUGACCCACUUCAAGGCGGGCAAAGGUGACAGCAACACGGCGUUGCGUCGUCAAGAUACACAAAUGCUGCUGACACAACUUGAUGCCGCUGCUGCCGCUGCCGAGUCCGAGGUCCAGGCCACCAUUGUCAUGGGUGACUUCAACUGCGAGCCAACAGAGGAUUGCCAUGCCCCAUGGCGCGAGCGCGGCUUUCUUUGUGCUGUCGAAGACAUGCCCUGGACCACGUGGAAGUUUCGCGACACGCCUACGGAGCCGGGUACAGCUCCACCCCCGGGCACAGCCCCUCUGACCCAACCCAAGGAGAAGCGCGAAAAAAUUGAUUACAUCUAUGUUCUCAACGGUCCUGGUGCCCAGGUAGCGGUGGAGGCCUUUCUCGAUGUGCCUGCAGAUGCUGAUAUCCCUCGUGCCUUGCCGGCUCCCAAUUAUGCCUCGGAUCACCUUGCCGUGGCUGCACGCCUCAAUUGUUUCACAGCCCCUCUGGCAUGACCCCCCCCUUGGCCUCUCACAAUAUCGCAGUGUUUAACCCUAUGCCAUUGGCUAGUGCACACGUCGUGCUUUCCCUUGUUCUCUUCUCUCUCUUUGUCGCACGCGAGCGUGCUGAUGUCCUUUGUAAGAAUGAAAUGCACCAAAUAAAUUGACUGCAAGCUCCAGAAAAAAAAAAA